GGGUCAUGCCGUCAUUCGAACGAUCCGUACCGAACCGUCAACACGCUCUCGUCCGUCUUUCGAAUUCGCUAAACAUUAUACUUAUUUUAUUUUUUGAAAUAUCGUCAUUACGAGUUUCCAUAAUAUUAUAUUAUUAUCACUACUGCGAUAAUUAAUAUUUUAAUCUCGUGUGUGUUUGUCUGUGUGCGUUAUUGACAAAUAAUUUCGAGUGUCGCUUCGAAGUGUCAUAUACGUCGAUAUUAUAAUAUAAUUUAUAUUAUAAUAUUAUUAUUUAUUAUUAUUAUAUAAUAACCACAAUUGUUUCGACAUGCGUCCAGCCGCCGAACUCAGACCGUCAUACCGGGUACAGAUGCACAUGCAAAUGCAACAGCAACAGCAACAAUACCAGCACCAGCACCAGACCGGGUCCGAAUACGACGAACAGCCCGUGUCGCGGACUUAUCAAUAUAGAAAGGUAAUGAAACCGCUAUUAGAACGAAAACGCCGCGCCCGAAUUAACCGGUGCCUGGACGAGCUCAAGGACCUGAUGGUGGUCACCUUGCAGGCCGAAGGCGAAAACGUCAGCAAGCUGGAGAAGGCUGACAUACUGGAACUGACUGUCAGGCACUUGCACAAGCUCAAGCGACACAACGCCCUCGGGUUGACUGGCGUCGAUUCGGUGUACGCCGACAAGUUCCGCGCCGGAUUUGCGCACUGCGCUACCGAAGUGUCCAACUACCUGACGUCCGACGUCCGGUCACCGCCCGUCGACCCAUCCGCUGGCGUCAAGCUCCUGCACCACUUGGGAGCUUGCAUGCGCAAAAUCGACGUCGACUCAAACCGUUCCGCUUCCGGUACAGCCACCACCACCGCCACCGCCGACCAAUACAGACCGUACACGCCGCCGUCCACACCCGGAAGCGAGCUCAAAGAAGACCCGAAUUCCGUCUGCUGGAGACCAUGGUAAACGCGGAAUGUUUAUUUCACCCUCCCCCCAACCCCCCACUCGAUCCCACCAACGCCCCCGAC